AUGACAAACGCAACCAUCCCAGACACCCAAUGGGCCCAAGUAGUCGAAAAAAAGGGCGGCCCCCCAAUCUACAAGCAGAUCGCCGUCCCAAAGCCCGGCCCCGAUGAAGUCCUCGUCAAGAUCAAAUACACUGGCGUCUGCCACACAGAUCUCCACGCCAUGAAGGGCGACUGGCCCCUCCCCCUCAAGCUCCCCCUGGUAGGCGGACACGAAGGCGCCGGAGUCGUAGUAGCCAAGGGUCAACUAGCACAGGGAAUCGAGAUCGGCGACCACGCCGGAAUCAAAUGGCUCAAUGGAUCGUGCCUGGCCUGCGAGUUCUGCAAGACGGGCGAUGAGCCUCUCUGCGCCGAAGCACAGCUCUCGGGUUACACGGUCGAUGGCACGUUCCAGCAAUACGCCAUUGGAAAGGCGGCGCAUGUGACUAAGCUGCCCAAGGACUUGGCGAUGGAUGCUGUUGCGCCGAUUCUUUGCGCCGGUAUCACCGUUUACAAGGGGCUGAAGGAGUCCGGAGCGCGGCCUGGUCAGACGGUUGCCAUUGUUGGGGCUGGUGGCGGUCUCGGUUCGUUGGCGCUGCAGUAUGCUAAGGCUAUGGGGCUGCGGGUUAUUUCUAUUGAUGGAGGCGAUGAGAAGCGCGCUAUGUGUGAGAAGCUUGGCUCAGAGGCUUUUGUCGACUUUACCAAGUCUCAGGACUUGGUUGAAGAUGUGAAGGCUGCCACCCCGGAAGGUCUGGGUGCUCAUGCUGUUCUUCUGCUCGCUGUCUCUGAGAAGCCUUUCCAGCAGGCUUGUGCAUAUGCUCGUCCACGGGGUGCCGUUGUUGCUAUCGGUCUACCCGCCCAUGCUUUCCUCAAAGCACCUGUCUUUGAAAGCGUUGUCCGGAUGAUCAACAUCAAGGGCAGCUACGUUGGUAACCGUCAGGAUGCGGUCGAAGCUAUUGACUUCUUUGCUCGAGGGUUAAUCAAAGCACCAUUCAAGACUGUUCCUCUCGAGGAUCUACCUAAGGUCUUUGAGCUCAUGGAGCAAGGCAAGAUUGCCGGUCGAUAUGUGCUCGAAAUGCCCGAGUAA